CGACUUCCGGCAACAUUGUAUUAUGUGUUGUGUGUGGGGUGUCGGAUUUUUAUUUAUUCAAUGCUGACUACUUGAUAUUUUGCGCUUGCCUGUAUACAUUGUAUGCGCAAUGCUGAAAUACUUUGUAGCUCUCCUUUCAAUGGUCUUGGCUGUAUGGACGGUGCCCGAGUGGCUCACAUUCCCGAUUUAUGGCAAUAUCUUGAAUGCAUUAGAUUCGUGGCUGCAGCAGCCGCUCAGUGAUGUGUCAUCUUCACCUGGUCGCAUUCUGACCGAGGAUGAACUGUCCUUAUACAACGGAGCGCAGGGCAGUAAAGGACUGUACCUGGCGAUUUUAGGACAGGUGUUUGACGUUGAAAAGGGGAGGAAACACUACGGCCCUGGCGGCGGUUACCAUUUCUUUACAGGCAGAGAUGCAUCAAGGGCGUUUAUCACAGGAGAUUUCACUGAGGCUGGCUUAUCUAGUGAUGUCUCAGAUUUCUCCGACUCUCAGAUUGUGGCUCUUUAUGAUUGGCUAGCAUUUUAUCAGAAGGACUACACUCCAGUAGGUAAACUGAUAGGCCGAUUCUACACAGAGACUGGACAGCCCACAGAUGCUCUGCGGCAGGUGGAGGCCUUCUUGUCGGAGGGUUUGAAAAGGAAGGCCCAAGCUCAGAGUGAGAUGCAGCUUUACCCUGCCUGUAACUCAGAGUGGAGCGAAGCCAGCGGGGGGAGAGUAUGGUGCUCUACAAUGAGUGGUGGCAUUCACAGGGACUGGGUCGGUGUACCCAGAAUGCUCUUCUCCCCUGGAUCCGUCCACUCCCGAUGUGUAUGUAUUCGACCAUCCGAUCCUGUGCACUCAGAGAACCGGAACCUGAGAGAGUACAAGGACUGUCCCCCUCAUGCAGAGUCCUGCCGUAUCACCAAAGGCUGAGCUUCAAGUCUUGAUCACAGUCCAAGAGCUGAUCUAUCUGUUUUUCAUUUUAAAGACUUUUAAAAUGUGGUUUACCCUUUUUAGUUUGAUUCAUUCCAGCAUUCAGCGAUCAUAAUAAAAGGAAUAUUCUGGUUUCAAUGCAAGCUAAGCUUAAUUGACAGCAUUUGUGGUAUUAUGUUGAUUAACACAAACAUGUAUUUAAUCCAUUCUAAUAGUUUUGGACCAUUUAAUGCUGCUGGUUAUUUAUAUGGUUAGGUUUCCAAAUGAUUUUAUAUGUAUGCUUUCUCUGAUUUUAGUGGUUUACACCACUAAUUACUCUGCAAUUUGAAGCACAUAUAAAA